AUGGAAACGGACCAACGAACUCGAUCAAUCUUUAGAACAGCAGUUUCUAAUCCAGUUGAAAGAGCUAAGCUGGACUUAAGAAAAUAUAUGAAAGAGUGCUUUCCUGAUAAACCUCCAGAAUUAUCUCAGAUUGUUAAAAAAUACCCUUCAUUAAAGAAGCUAGCGACAUUAAUACAUAACAUUCUUUAUACAUCAUCACAAGAGCCAAUUACUUUCGAUACAGCACAAGAAAUUGAAUGUGCUUUUUGUAACUUAUUGUGGCAAAAUACGAUAAGCAUUGAGAAUUCUGUUGCAGCUGAAGCUUCACUUAAGAAUGUUCAGUCAACACAGAGCCUCAUCGUUAAAAUGGAGAAAGAAGCUUCGUCUACAAAUGAAUUAAAACAAAAUUUAUCUGUUUUAAAGCAAGAAAACGAUUAUUUAAGAGUACUUUUAGAAUCAAAAGAGACAUAUGAUGCAGAAACACAGAUUGAUUUCGAACGUCCACCUUUACAAGAAAUUUCGAUACAGACGUUACCAGAUGAAGAACGUAUUUCACUUCAAAAUGAUUAUGCAAAGUUACGAGAAGAUAGUAAAAUACAAGAAUCAGAGCUAUUUAAGCUGAAAAAAGCAUAUGCAAAAAUCAAUAAAGUUUUUGAAGAAACAAAUGAAAAUCUCAAUCAUGAAAUAUCUAAAAAUCAAACACUUAAUACAAAAAUACAAGAAAACGAGCGAACAAUCGACAAUCUGAAACAAAAUUUGAAAAAUUUAUACACCGAUACAAUUACUCUUAAGAAUACAUUAAAGAAUAAGAAUCAAAUCACAGACAACAACCAAAAAUACAGAGAAAUCAUCGAAAAAAUCUUGAGACAUUACGAGUUCCAAAAAUCGGAAUUGCAAAAAUACCAAACGAACAAAGCGAAGGCGGAAAGAGUCAUAGAAUUACAGAACAAGUUCAUUAAUUCUCUCCAACAAGCAAUUGUCGCUGAUCAAAACAAAUAUAAACAAUUAUCAAACAAAUUCUUGGAAUUUCAACAACAAGUUGCCCAAGAAAGGAAUAAUUAUGUUAAAUCCAAGCAAAUGUACGAUGAAUCAGCUUCAAAAAUCAACAAAUACGAAACAAUUCUUCAAAAUAUUCGAAAUGUUGUCGACGAAAAUGCGAAAUUCGAAGAUAUACCGUCAUUAAUUACAAAGAAAACAGAUGUUUGCACUUAUGAUUCUAAAAUCGAUGAACUAAAUCUUGAGAUACAAAACAAACAGAAAGAUAUUAACCAAUUAUCAAAUCUUUGCAAACAGUUAUUCAAUAACAAUCCAUCAUGGAACAUUUUGACAUCAAAUCAUGCUUAUUCGAACAAAUCCAACAUUGAAAUCAAAGGAAAACUCAGUGCUAUUGCAAAAUAUGUUAAAGAACAUAACAUAGAUGUUGAUACACAAGCUUUAACAAACAAUACAGAGCAAAACAAACUUUCAGAUUACGAAUUACUUUUUACAGACAUUUUAUCAUCAGUUUGUCAACUAUUUAACGAAGAAUCAUCAAAUAGAGACAAAUAUAUCUUACAACUAUUCCAUAAAUUAGGAUACAAAGGAGAUUCUGUUGAUGAUAUUUCAGUUUUCGUUGAUGAGUUAUUAGAUAAGUCAGACCAAGCAUUUACAAUGAUUACUAAGUCAUUAAAUUCUAGAAUUAACUCACCAUUAUCAUCGCCAAUCAAUUCUUUGAUUUCAAUUUCGCAAUCAGCAGCAAAAUUCAUCCAAUCUGUUGAGAGACAUCUCCACAGGUUUGUUCCGACUGCUAAAGUUACUUCAAUUCCUUCUUCAAUCAAAGGAUUGAUAUCUGACCUUAAUUAUGAGAUCCAGUCAUCGAAUGCCAGACUUAUCGUUACUAAAGAAUCAAUUGAGAAAGAGAACCAAAAGAAAAUCAAUGAAUUACUUACACAAGUUGAUACUUUCAGAGAAAAACUGAAAAUUGAAAAAGAAAACAGACUAAAUAAUGAAAACACGGUUUACACAUUCGAUUCCAAACCAUUGGUUUUCAAUCCAGUUCUUUCUCAGCCAAUUCUUCGAAAUGAAAGUAGCGAUAGUGGAAAAUUCGAUCUAACAAAGAGCGCAUCGUCUACAGAUCUUUCAUUGGGAUCUCUUAUGUAA